AUGAAUACCACGUUGGAGUUCCCAAGUAACUGUUCCACCAAUGUUUAUACUCUUAACGAUUUUGGCGAGAUAGCCUAUAUUGUUUGCACGGUGGCAACUCCGCCGACGCAGGACCCGUCCCAAAUUGUCAGUAGUGUAGAGAAUACUCUUGCUCGACUCCGAAGGACUGAGCGUCAGUUUCGAGAAGCAUCCAUUCUUGCUGCGCUAGAUGUCGAAGCUCGUCAACUCUUCACCUUCUACAAGAAGGUGGACAUUACUGCUCCGAAAGACCAAAAAACCCUACUGUUGAAGUUUGGUUACGUUCUGCGGAGCAAUACUUGUACGAUCGCCUACAAGACCGCUGCCCGCCUUCCAGACCUGCUGAAACCAGAGCACUCUCGGCUCUACCGACUGUUUCUUACUGCGAUUGUGUCCAGCAUCAAGUUUGUCCCCAAUGGCGAGACUGAUAUUCAGCCAUUGGGUGCCAAUUUGUAUCUAGUCGAGCAGUCCCCGUCGGUUGCUGAUGUUCGUCAACUCGACAGGGUCAAGAAAUGGCUCCUCUAUCGUAUCGAUCUACAGGUGGUCUCAAGUGGCCAUAUCAUACUGACAAUCGCAAAAGAUGGCGCAUUCUCCUUCUUGCGUGUUCCGGACUGUGCUCCCACGCUAAACUGGAAUGAUCACACACAGUCCGAAGCAACGGCCAUAUACCUCGCACCCAUUGCGCGAAUUGCACGAUCAACGCGAUCAAAAAUCCUCGCUCAUAAAAGGUUUGCUGGCACGCCUGGCAACGCGGCCAAUGACGAGACACCGCUUUCUGAUGCGCGAAGAGAGAUCUGGAGAGAGGUGCUACCGACUUGGCUCAAGGAACAAAUGAACACCAGUAUCGAUGCAAUGGAAGCUGACUGGAUUGAGAUCGAAGUACCUGUAGAGGAGGUCGAUCACGUGUACAACGAAAAUCAGCAAGAUAAUCCAAGUCCCGAGAGUAUUAAGUGCGACUCGGUUACUUGGAAAACAAUCUUUUGGCCCGUAGACCUUUGUUUUGUCUUUGCCGUCGAAGAGUCUGUCACGCCAAAGGAACCUCAAGGGAACCAUGAUCCAAUGCAAUUUGUGUGGGAUUGGAUUCUUGGUACAGGUGGCAAUGCAUCAAAGCUUGAAGCCGACCCGCAAAAGGUGGUUGACGAGGACGAUGAGCCACUGUUUGCUGAUGAGGGUGCAUUUGACGAUCCAGUGCAUUUCCAUCCGUUUGGACCUCCGGCCUUCGGGGCAGGCCAAACAAUAUAUCCGACUCCGCCUGAUGUUGGAAUGACACAUCCAACGCCGGGCUUCUCAUCCUUUGAUGGGAUGUCUAUGACUCCAGCAAAUCUCCCUCGCAGUACUGCUGAACGGCCUCUUCCGCAGGACCAGGACAUGCCAGAUUUCGAGGACGAACCAACAACAGGCGGGCUGCAGACAUAUUAUGAUGAAGAUUUGUUCGAGGAGCACCCGGAUGACAAUCUCGGCGCAGAAGCCAAUGGCGACGAGCCUAAUUGGGAUUUCUUCGAUGGUCCAGGGAUAGAUCCUACUUCUGCACGCUCUGCAAGUCACGGACGCCUCGAAGAGACAGCGGUGAGUGGCGAGACUCAGCCAGGCACCGAAGCCCACGGUCGAAUAGCUGGUCAAAAUGACGCUUCUCAAGGUCCAUCUGUUGUGGAGGGCAAUAGCACGGGCUCUGAUAUCGCGCCUAAACUACCCGCAAAUACCAAGUUGCAGCAAUCCCAAGAGCAGAUGGAAGAGCCGACCAGUAUUCUCCAGUUGCAAAAUAAGCAGACACCACAACCUUCGUCAAAACAAGGUCCUCCUUUGUGGCAGCCCGAGGCAGCCAGAGAACCCAGAAUUGGUGCUGAGCGUGGACGUCGUUCAAGUCUGUACGAUGAUCCAUAUUCACUGCUGUCCGUGUCAACACAUGACAGUAGAUACGGCGCGGGCGGGGAUUAUUGGUUCGAUCCAACGCCGAUCCUUUCUAAUAUGGAGGGCUAUCCAAAGCCGAGCCCGGUCUUUCGGAGACCUGCAUCAAGUUCAUCAGACAGUGACAGUUUGAUGACUAGUUCCAGCAAUUCGGCAAACCCUGUGUCCAGGCAAAGUACAGCGCAUGUGCCAUUCAGACAAUGGACAGAGUAUCAACCUCCGUCCCCAAACGCUGCCAGUCGCCAGCCCGAGGUCGCCAAGUUGACGCUCUACCAGGACGUGCAACAGAUACUAGGAUCUUUGAGGCCUGGCUUGAUAGAACCUCCCGCGCCAUCCGACUUCCAGCUGGAUACCCUCGAACCUCGCAAAAUUCCUCCCGUAUCCCCACAGACGCUCCUGCAAAUCGCUCACGUUUUGGUUGAGCAGAUGUCUCAGACAACCCUACUACCUCAUGGAGAGUAUUCGAGGGAGACACACCGUCCGCCUCGUGAUCACAUGGAUGUAAGUGUUGAUUUGAGCGGCAUCAACACCUCUGCAACACCCUCGAAUGUGUUUCAACUUACCAGCCUCAAAGCCGAACAAAACAAUGGCAGAGUUCAGGGCAAGGUGGUAAGAAUCCUGCCGGACCAGAUACGUGCUCGUCGUAUGGAGCGACCACUUACGGCCACUAUCUCUAUUCUGAAUUUCUGGGAUUCGCUGAAUCUUCAACCUGAAAAUGGACCAAAAGACGUGACUGUCUUUUGCAUCCAUCCGAAUCAAAGUAAUGUGGCGGAGGGAUGUCUCAAUCUGCUGCAGCGGCUCGCCGAAACUUACACUUCUUGUUCUCUGGGAUCGCAUACGAUCGGCCGACUCUCUGGUCUCACUGAUACUGGACUGGUAUCAUGGGGUUCGAAUGACACGGGUGAGCAUAACCUCCUUCAAACAUGCCAUUUCGUCGGUAAAGCUCUUGCAACUACUUCCGACGUGAAGGGUACUGUGCUUGUCUGUGUGAUUGGCAGAAAUCAGAGCGUGAAUUCGUACCUGGAGGCCUGUAUUGCCUUCUUCAGUCUCUUCGAAUCAUUCAGAGAGGCGCGAACGGACAACCAUGGAGUGUCCGACAUAGCUUUACAAGUCAUUCCCAAAGAAUUUGUCGCCAGUGCGGAAUCAUUGGUGAUCCCUCCCCAAACAGCCUACAUACGCCUGGCCAUUGAGAUUUACAACCGCAUUCCACCGUCAGAACCUCCGGUGUCUCCAGCCGCUUGCAGCUCAGCCGUUGUGCUGUCGAAAACGGAAACUUCGGUGCAUUUACAACUGACGCCAACAUACUGCUCUCCUCUAGAGAAGCAUGGACCAUGUCUACAUCUCGCAUACUCCGUCAGUCAAGACAAUAGAUGGCUUACUGCGGCGUGGACAGACGAGACAGGGCAUGUUGCACUUAGUAUGUCAUAUUGUCUUCGCAUUCGACACUCAGGGAAGAACAGGUCCCGCCAUGGCAUAUUCCGAGAGAUGUGGGAUAUUUCGCAAGACCUCAUGAGCAAAAUGCGGGGGCCAUGGCGACUAGUGGUCGUAAGGCACGGAUACUAUGAGCAAACAGAGCUUCUCGACUGGCAUCAGCUCUUCGAAAAUUCCCCAUCAUCACAGAAACGAUGUCUGCUAGUACUUCUGUCCGUCCAACUGGACCCAGAUUUAGAGAUCUUCCCGCCAUCCACCCAAGGGAAAGGUACACAGAUGGGGACACAGAAUCUCUAUGGGACACCUGCGUCAACGCCGCAGGGCAGUAUGACGUCUCCCGAACAAACUGUACCAGCGACUCCAACGCCUGGUGGCAGUUCCUUUAUGAAUGCUCCGACACCUUCCGACCCUGGGUUCGAUCCGAAUAACGAGAGUGAUCUUGUAUUGGUGGAUCCCUCUGAGGAAAGCUGGGGCGUCAUUCUUCCAUACGGAAUUAACCAGACGAGGAGCCUCAUCGAACUUCGACCGUCACAACUUACGGGUUACCUCAUGAAACGUAAGGGUACCAAGGGAGAGGAUGGGUACAACAUGCUUGAGUUCAGCCUAGUCACCUCGUCGACCCGCAUAUCGGACGCAUCGAGCGAGGCUCCACCAGACGAGUUACUUGAAGAUUUGAUCAAGCAGUAUCGAGGCCUCGUGACUCUGGGCGCUACUCGAGGCUGCGUGGAUCCAAACAGCGAAUGCCUCCCUUGGCACAUUGCGACGGCGAUCAGAGGAGCCCAGCUUCUAGGGCAGGUCAUGUAG